AUGGAAACCACGACACAAACCGCUACAGAACCUAAGGCAGACGAUCGCCCCGAUCAAGCCGCUGUACCAUACCGCGGCCUUCGUCUUCCUGCGGUUCCUGACGAUCUGGUCAUUCCCGGCAUUUUUGACAUCGAAUGUGACGAACGUCUUUGGGUUCCGCAGGCCCCGGGGGUCUGGUUCCGUCCGCUCCUGUUUUCCGUCUCUGGGGGCUACUUUGUCAACAUUCUUCGCGUCCGCCGCUCUGGCAUCCUCUCUCGACAUCGUCACGCCGGCGCUGUUCAUGCAACAGUCUUGAAAGGCAGAUGGCACUACCUUGAGCAUCCAUGGUGGGCCACUGAGGGAGGCUACGCAUAUGAGCCUCCGGGAGAUAUUCACACGCUCGAAGUGCCGGACGAUGUGAAGGAAAUGGUUACAAUGUUUCAUGUAACGGGAGCGUACAUUUACGUCGAUCCAGAUGGAGUGCCUGUCGGUGUGGAGGAUGUUUUCAGCAAGCUCAACAAGGCGAAGAAGCAUUAUGAGGAGGUCGGGCUUGGGGCGGCGUUCGCUGAUCAGUUUGUGCGUUGA